AUGACUGUGCCAUCGACAUUAUCGGAACCCGUCGCGGUCUACUGCGCAUCAUCCAUGGGGCGCAAAGAUGCGUACAGGUUGGCAGCUGUGUCUGUCGGACAUGCCCUCGCAGAAGCCAAUCGACCCCUCGUAUAUGGAGGGGGAUCGAAAGGCAUCAUGGGUGUAGUGUCUGGCGCAGCCUUGGAAAAAGGUGGCAGAGUAACAGGCGUCGUACCGUACCCCAUGCUCGUCGCGGGAGGCGAACAAGAUAAAACAUCCCCAUCAAAAAUCCGACUCAACGAGAAAGGAAGAGAGAAGAUCAUAGUCGAUACGAUGCACGAGCGCAAAGUCGAGAUGGCAAGGCGCUCGUGCGCCUUCAUCGGACUGCCUGGUGGCUUCGGCACUUUUGAAGAAAUCAUGGAAGUUACAACCUGGACCCAAUUAGGCAUCCACAACAAACCCGUCAUUUUACUCAACGUUCACUCUUAUUGGGAGCCUAUUCGGUCCAUGAUACAAACGGCAGUCGACGAGGGAUUCGUUCAGCCCCACAAUGCAGCACUUGUAUCAUUCGUUAACGGCCCUGGUCCCGAUGCCUCUACGGAGGAGCACGAAAAUUUCGACUGGGGAAGAGCUGCGAUCAAGGUGAUAGAGAAUUGGAAGCGAGACCCCGGCGAAUGCCCGUAUGAUUGGACGGCCAGUAGAUCUGGGGGAGAGAAGGACGAGCUUGACGCCAUCUAA